AUGCUGGAUGGACACCGCCUGCUCCGCUGGCUCUUCUUCUCCUCCGCCUCCUGCGCGCUCCUAGUGCUGCUGCUCGCCGGCGCCCCGGGACCGUCCCUUGCCUACUUCGGGUAAGUCGGCGGCGGGCGCGGCUGCCUCACCUCGGGGGCUGCUUUUUAUCUGACACCCCCCUAAUCUCCUCUCCAGAGGUAACGCGGCGGGGUCGGACUCUGCAGCCGGCGAUCGCGUGGCGCUGCGACGCUUUGCUCGCGAGGAAGCGAGCCCCGGGCCGCCGCUGGCUGCUCCGGGAUCGGUUGCCUUUGGAUCGCGCUGCGCUUCACCCGCGCGCAAGCGACGCUGCGCUUCGUGGGAAGUAAAGCGCCGCUGG